AUGCCCUCCUUCACAAACCCCAUCAUCCCCGGCUUCUACCCAGAUCCAUCAUGUAUCCGCGUAGGGGAUGCCUUCUACAUGGCCAAUUCCAGCUUCCAAUUCUUCCCGGGUAUCCCGAUCCACAAGUCCAAGGAUCUGAUCAACUGGGAACUCAUCGGGAACGCUAUCAAUCGACCGUCCCAAAUCUCCCUUAAUCAAGCAACAACAAAGAUAAACAACGCAUCCCGCCGUGAAAUCUUCACAGGAGGUAUAUAUGCCCCAACCAUUCGGUACCAUGACGGCGUAUUUUACAUUAUUUGCACAAACCUCACCGGCGCACCCGAUAUGCCAAGUAGCACGGAUUUCCACCCGUCGAACUUCAUCAUAACCGCGACGGACCUCUCAAAUCCAGACUCCUUUAGCGAGCUCAUCUACUUUGAUUUCCAUGGUAUAGACCCAAGUCUCUUCUUCGAUAAGGAUGGCAGGGUCUAUGUCCAGGGGAGCUGGAUCUAUGGAUAUAACCAGAAUCCUGCGACUGUGAUCCGGCAGGCUGAGAUUAAUGUUUCUACGGGACAGCUCCUCAGCGAGGCCAGGGAUAUCUGGUCCGGUGCAACAGGAAAAGUACCCGAGGGUCCACACAUCUAUCACAAGGAUGGAUGGUACUACCUGCUGAUCGCGGAGGGUGGGACUCACGCUCGACAUAAAAUUACUAUGGCUCGGUCACGAAGCAUCUGGGGUCCGUUUGAAAGCGAUCCAGCGAACCCCGUGUUGACGGCUGAAGGGCCGAAUGGAGUCGUCCAGUGCGUUGGACAUGGGGACCUCGUCCAGGAUCAGGAUGGGCAAUGGUGGUGUGUUAUGCUCGCGAGGCGGGAGUAUGGGGGCUCUUACCCGUUGGGAAGGGAGACGUUUCUGACAAGUGUUGAGUGGGUUGAUGGAAACUUUCCUGUUUUCAAGGACGUGGAGAUUGAGCAGGGGACUGGAAGGCAAGUUGCCACAAAGGCUGGGUGGAAGCAGUCUGUGGGCGUUGAUAUAAAGUCGCCAACAACUUUGUAUCUACGAACACCGCACUUGGAGAAUUAUCGCCAGGACGGGAAUCAGAUCAUCCUUACGGCUACUGACGCGGGCUUGAGGACGCCAAAUGGGACGAUGACAUUUGUUGGAAGGCGACAGACAAGUCUGGAUUCUACCGCUAGUGUUACAAUCCUAUUGAGCAGUGUGGCCAGUAAAGAUGUAUCCUAUGGAUUGACGCUCUACAAGGAUGUAUUUCGAUACGCGGUGAUUCAGUAUAGGACCCACGACUCGACUUUGGCGCUGGUCGUUCAAGAAGCUGGAGAGUCGCUGGCCACGCUGUCUUCACAUCCGGUACAGGACGCGGCAUCGAUUCGGUUGUCGAUAAUAUCAAGCGUCGAAACAUAUAAAUUCAGAGCCCAGAUUUGCUUUGCCAAUGUUGCGACAACAGACAUAAUGUUGGGAGAGGUGCCUUGCUCCAUUAUGAGCGGUGAUGAUUUCACAGGAACUGUUUACGGGAUAUUUUCGUCUGGUGAUGGCAGUACUGUGACCUUCCGGGAUUUUGAAAUUGAAUCGAGAUAA